CGCCCGCCCGCCCCCCCGCGUCAUCUCGUGUCCCCGCCCCGCGGUGCCCGGAUCAGGCGGUUCCGAGGCCGGGCGGCUGCGGCGGGCGAUGCGCCCCGGGACCUACUGAUCAUGGACAGUGAAGAAAUCCCAACUUUUUCAAGUCCAAAGGAGGAAACCGCGUAUUGGAAAGAGCUUUCCUUGAAGUACAAACAAAGCUUCCAGGAAGCUCGAGAAGAGCUGGCUGAAUUUCAGGAGGGAAGCAGAGAAUUAGAAGCUGAGUUGGAGGCACAGCUAGUGCAAGCUGAGCAGAGGAAUAGGGAUUUGCAAGCAGAUAACCAAAGACUGAAAUAUGAAGUGGAAACAUUAAAGGAGAAACUGGAGCACCAGUAUGCACAAAGCUACAAGCAAGUGUCGUUGUUAGAGGAUGACCUGAGCCAGACAAGGGCCAUUAAAGAUCAGCUACAUAAGUAUGUGAGGGAGUUGGAACAGGCCAACGAUGACUUGGAACGUGCAAAGAGGGCAACAAUAGUUUCAUUGGAGGACUUUGAACAAAGGCUGAACCAGGCCAUUGAGAGAAAUGCGUUUUUAGAAAGUGAACUGGAUGACAAGGAAUCAUUACUAGUUUCUGUACAGCGAUUAAAGGAUGAAGCGAGAGACUUGCGGCAAGAGCUCGCGGUACGGGAAAGGCAACAAGAAGUCACCCGAAAGUCUGCACCUAGUUCUCCGACUCUAGACUGUGAAAAGAUGGAUUCAGCUGUCCAGGCGUCUCUCUCCUUGCCAGCUACACCUGUUGGAAAAGGAUCAGAAAAUAGUUUUCCUUCCCCAAAAGCUAUUCCAAACGGAUUUGGUACCAGCCCUCUUACUCCUUCAGCUAGAAUAUCUGCACUCAACAUUGUGGGAGAUCUCUUACGGAAAGUGGGGGCCUUAGAAUCCAAAUUAGCUGCUUGCAGAAAUUUUGCAAAGGACCAGGCAUCACGGAAAUCCUAUAUUUCAGGGAAUGUUAACAGCAGCAUGAUAAACAGCAAUGGUGCAAAGUACCCUCAUCCAGGACAUACUUCCUUCUUCGACAAAGGAAGUCCAUGGCUGGUAAAACAUCUAUAAACUGAGCCAUAAUGCCAGCUUUCAGCAUCCCCUCGUUUGCUGAUACUGUUCGGAGCCUUUUCCUGUGCCCCACUUACUGAACUGGCUUCCUGCAAUUCAAAGCUGCUGCUUGAUCUUUGUUUCUGCACCGAGGGCAAGUCUGGGCGAGCAGUACAGAAGGAACAGUGCGGGUUCACUGGGAGCUCAUCCUGGGAGAAGCUGCUGCCGCGAAUGAGCGCUCUGCUCUGUCUUGAUAUUCUUUUAAUUAGCAAAUCAUGGGGAAACCUCACAAAGCUUCUAAACAAGGUUUUAAUCUUCUCCAUCAGAGAGCCUGCUUGUCUCCCUUGUGCAUCGUAGUGCUGUGAGCACUUUCCGUCUUGCGCAGUGCUGGCACCUCUUCGUGUGACCAAUGCUCACCAUGCUCACCACUUCUCAUGGCACUGCUGCCAGCAAAUCCACAUCACACCUGCCUGAAACAGCAAAACAGCUUCUCUGUAAAGAUAGGUUAUAGGGCGCUGGUCCCUCUGGAGCAAUCGAUGUGCUCCACUGGUGGUGUCACUUUGGAGAGUGAGGUCAGGACACAGAAGGGAGUCCCUGGCCUCUCCCCAGUGCAUCAGGCAGCGGGGCGCUCCGUGAGGGCAGGAGCUGCAGGCAGCACCUGGGCAGGCUGCGGGUGCCCACAGGCCUCUGCCCCAGCACGGGGGAUGCUGCACAGCACUGGGGCUGCAGCCUUCAUCCCCUUGCUGCCCCCGGCUCUGAGAUGGGGACUGGGGAUCGUUCUCCCUUUUGUCUGAGGCUUCAGGGGAUUAUUUGUAAUGCCGGUGAUUUAGGUUGGGUCCCAUCACAGCUGUGUGGUGUCUGUGCAGAGUGCCCGAUGGCUUCGUGGCUUCUGGCCUUGUCUGUGUACCUCUGGGAGACUGAAAAGGGCCCACGCUGCCAAAUGAGCCUCAGAGCAGGAGCUGGGGAGGGCUAGACGUGCGUGGCAUCCUUCAGAGGUGAAGCUGCCUGCACGGACAGGUCUGUUGGGUGGGGGUGGCUGCAGCUGAGUCUUCCCCACGGGGUGAAACCCUGUUUGGGAUCAGCCAGUGCCCCAAAAGUAGCAAUACCAGAAGUGGAUGCUGCUUGGCGUGGCCGGUCCCUGGUGUAGUGCCAUGCACAAAUGCCAGGUGUUGGGAUUUAAUUCAAAUGCAUCCCUCAGGCAGUGUGGGGCAGCUGCAGGCAGUGAGUGCAGCUGGGGCCCUGUGGGGAUGCAGCCCCCGCUGUGUGCGCUGCCCUCGGCUUCAUGCCAUGGUGCAGCUGAUGGCUGCUUGUGAGGACACGGCCGUCACUUCUGUCCCACCUCAGCCCGGGCAGGGCACACAGCACAUGGAGCAAGGGCACAGCAGGACAGGGUCUGUGUGUCAUGAGAAGGGCUCUGGGUUUUGCCCAGGGAACCAUGAUGAACCUGCAGAGUUUGGUUUGUGACUCGCCAGACAUGACCCCUCCAUGCUGCUGCUAUUCAACAUCAGUUUUCUGUUCAAAAGGAAGCAAACUGCCACGUUUUAAUCCUAUUUGUUUUUUGUUUCUCCCCUGUCUAGUUGGCAGAGCAGCUUUCUAGCUGAUAAGUAAUUUGCAGAGUCAUGUCGGGAGGAGGUUGGCUUCCUGCCCCUUCACUCAAAUCAGCAAAAUGCGUCUGCCCCUAAGCCUCCUCCAGCAGUGUUUUGCUGCAGGCGCUCCUGGAGGCAUUUGUCUCUGAAAUGUAUCAAAGUAAUGCUUGAAGUUUCAAGCUUAGUGGGGAGGAGAUGGAAAAGGUGUUUUCUCCCUGCUUUAGCACUGGUGUGGGAAGCAGCACAGCCCCAGGUUACCUUGGGAAUCUGACCUUGCUCGCGAGAGUGCAGUUGAGCUCUUCAUCCUUCAACCCUUCCAGAAGGGUUUUGUAAUUGUCCAACACAACGGCAGCUGCUUCUGGGUUUGUUGGCAGGGUCUGUACAUCCCAGACCUGGGAGGUGUAGGGUCAGCGGUGAGUGUGAGCAGCAUGGGACCAGCGCUGUGUGGAACCCACAGCCAUCUGUCCUGGGGCCAGUCGUGAGCCUGUCCCAGCCCUGGGGCUCUGCUCAUGCGAACUGCUGGCAGGGCACCAGGCUGUGCUCCUCUGAGCACUGCCCUGAGUGCAGCCCGAGGCCUCAGAGCAGGUAGCUCCCGGGUCAGCUGCUUCUGCCUCCUCCCAGAGCCUUUCAGCUUCCUUUUGUUCCCACUUGGGGCUGGCAGCACAGAGGGGUGAGGUGCUCGCUCCAGGGCAGCCAGGGGUGGGUGAGCUGUCCUGGCAGAGGGAGGCAAAGAACUGAACUGCUCCUUGGCCGUGAGGCUGUGGUGAUGGUGGAGCUCCGGGUGCUGUGAGUUGAGCCUAAUUAGAGAAGAUGUCAGUGUCGGCCACGUAGGGAGUAAGAAGCUGUCGAGUAAGAAGCUGUCGUAGCCAGGUGCUCCUCUCCCAGCCCGCAGGGAGCAGGCUCUGCGUGCUUUAGGCUCUGUGUGCUUUACCUCCCACAGCAGCUCUGGGAGAGGGGAGCCCGGGGCUCCUGGGGAUUUGGGGGUUUGCAGGGGAGCCCCGGCUGCCCCCCAGCCUCUGCCGUGCUGCAGCGUCUGCAGCCGGCCCACACAGAGCCCUUCUCCCCUGUGCGGCUGCUCUGUAGCUGCGUGUGGACACCUGUAUGUGUGUAUCUGUAUGUACCUGCUUCCCUGUCUGCUUUACAAGAGCCUGUGUAGAGCCAGCUGUGAUGGACCCGGGGGCUUGGCUGGAGCUGGCCCUGCAGCUGUCCCUGGCUGUGCCCCUCUGUGCCUGGCAGUGGCUGCAGCUGGCAGCCCCCCGGGGAAGGGGAG